CAAGGAGCCUCUCCCCCAGUGUCAUUCAUUUAGCGAACAAAAUGAAGGGAUUAUUUUUAUUCUGUUUUUUAAUUUGAGCUGCAAAAAUUGAACACACAUGGCGACAAAACGCAAAAUCGAGGUGAUCGUCCCUGCAGAGGAGAGUGAUCAGCUGCUCAUUCGCCCUCUUGGUGCUGGUCAGGAGGUUGGGAGGUCAUGCAUCAUCCUGGAAUUCAAAGGAAGGAAAAUUAUGCUGGACUGUGGUAUCCACCCUGGCCUGGAAGGAAUGGAUGCCCUGCCCUACAUAGACCUGAUUGACCCGGCUGAGAUAGACCUGCUGCUCAUCAGCCAUUUCCACUUGGAUCACUGUGGCGCUCUGCCCUGGUUCCUCCAGAAGACGAGCUUUAAAGGAAGGACCUUCAUGACCCACGCCACCAAGGCCAUCUACCGCUGGCUGCUGUCAGACUACGUCAAAGUCAGCAACAUUUCUGCGGACGACAUGCUGUACACUGAGACCGACCUGGAGGAGAGCAUGGACAAGAUCGAGACCAUCAACUUCCACGAGGUGAAGGAGGUGGCUGGGAUCAAGUUCUGGUGCUACCACGCCGGCCACGUGCUGGGAGCCGCCAUGUUCAUGAUCGAAAUAGCUGGAGUCAAGCUGCUGUACACAGGAGACUUCUCCCGACAGGAAGACAGGCACCUGAUGGCAGCAGAGAUCCCCAGCGUCAAACCUGAUAUCUUAAUCAUAGAGUCGACCUACGGCACCCACAUCCACGAGAAGAGGGAGGAACGUGAAGCUCGGUUCUGCAACACGGUCCACGACAUCGUCAACAGAGAAGGCCGCUGUUUGAUCCCCGUGUUCGCUUUGGGACGAGCCCAGGAACUGCUGCUCAUCCUGGAUGAGUACUGGCAGAACCACCCAGAGCUCCAUGACAUCCCCAUAUACUACGCUUCAUCCCUGGCCAAGAAGUGCAUGGCGGUGUACCAGACCUAUGUCAACGCAAUGAACGACAAGAUCCGCAAGGCCAUCAAUAUCAACAACCCUUUUGUCUUCAAGCACAUCAGCAACCUCAAGAGCAUGGAUCACUUUGACGACAUCGGUCCCAGCGUGGUGAUGGCGUCUCCGGGUAUGAUGCAGAGCGGGCUGUCCCGAGAGCUCUUUGAGAGCUGGUGCACUGAUAAGAGGAACGGAGUCAUCAUCGCUGGAUACUGUGUGGAGGGCACACUGGCUAAGCACAUCAUGUCUGAGCCGGAGGAGAUCACCACCAUGUCGGGGCAGAAGCUGCAGCUGAAGAUGUCCGUGGACUACAUCUCCUUCUCCGCCCACACAGACUACCAGCAGACCAGCGAGUUCAUCAGGGCCCUCAAGCCCCCACAUGUGAUCCUGGUCCACGGUGAGCAGAACGAGAUGGCCCGUCUGAAGGCCGCACUGAUCAGAGAGUACGAGGACAACGACCAGGUUCACAUCGAAGUCCACAACCCUCGCAACACAGAAGCCGUCACCCUCAACUUCAGGGGAGAGAAACUGGCCAAGGUGAUGGGCUCUCUGGCUGAUAAGAAGUGUGCUCAGGGUGCCAGGGUGUCAGGCAUACUGGUGAAAAAGAACUUCAACUACCACAUCCUCAACCCCUCCGACCUUUCUACGUACACAGAGCUGGCCAUGAGCACAGUGAAACAGACCCAGGCCAUCCCCUUCACCGGACCGUACUCACUGCUCGUCUGCCACCUGAGGAACCUCACCGGUGACGUGGAAGAGCUGGACGGAACCGAGAAGAACACUUUGAAGGUUUUUAAAAAUAUCACUCUGAUCCACGAGGCUGGCAUGGUGCUGCUGGAGUGGAUAGCAAACCCUCUCAAUGACAUGUAUGCUGAUGCUGUCACCACUGUAGUGCUGGAAGUCCAGUCCAACCCAAAGGCUCAGAAAGCCAUGGAGACGCAGAGUACCAUUAUGGACAUGGACGUCUUCCAAAACAGACUAGGGGUCAUGCUGCAGGACAUGUUUGGAGAGGAAUUUGUUGAUUUCAGCGAUGAUAAAAACAUCUCUGUGACGGUAGACGGGAAGACGGUUCACAUCUGCUUGGAAACGAGGUCGGUGUGCUACGAGGACGAAUGCACCGAGGACGACUCCCUGAGAGAGAUGGUGGAGCUGGCAGUGCAGCGGCUCUACGACGCCCUCAACCCGGUCAUCUGAGACCAAGACGGGACUGCACGUUUGUUCAUGAACAGUUAUUUAAGCUAAAUCAUCACACAUAGAACAAAAAAAAAAAGAAUACUUCUGCUAAAAUCUGGAUAAUGUAUUUCUAAAAAUCAUCCAGAUGUGUGUGACGCCGCCAGGAUCUACAGUGUUUUAGCUUGUUUUAUCCCCAAUACAUUUCACAAAACUAAUCAGCACAAGGCAGAUGACUGAUCUAUUAAUCCAGAUUAUUGUCCUGUCUGGUGUUGUGUCAGUGAACGCCUCAGCAAUCAACCCAGGUCCUCCCCUUGUGGAUGCAAUUUGGAGACUAGAUUUAAUAAUUAACUAAGCGUAAAAAAAAGUUUAUGACCUGAGCUGCCAUGUAGGAAAAGGGAAUUAAAUAAGCCGUGUAGUGUUGUUUUUUUGUUAUGCAAGCACUUUUAAUGAUAAUAUAUUUAAUUUUACUGUUAUUUGUGUGGUUGUUUCCUCCGAGUUUGUUACUAAUGUGCACUGAUAUGACAACUUGUUAACUUUUAACUGUGAAUUUCUAAAUGCACUACAUGUUUGUGUUCAUUACAUGUUCAAAACAGACUUUUAUAAAACUUUGUCUUGAAUAAUUGA